GAUGCAUCCUGUCCUCGUCUCGAUCUGUUACACUCGCUCUGUUACACUCGCUCUGGGUUCUACGAUGGACUCAGCACACUAACGAAUUGGCCUCACAGUAGCUCAACAUGGCCAGCGUACCGUUCUUAGGCCGCCUGCACUUCACCGAGUAUCUGGCGCUCCUCUUCUCUUUCCUCGCUGUCUUCCUUGAGUCCUUCGUCCGCUCGAUCACUCUCUUACUACCCACUCCCAUCAUUCGCUUCUGCUACCGCGUGAGCCGUAAUGCCUUCAACGGCCUGUCCUCGCCUUACUCCCGCCGCGCCCGCAAUCGGAAGAAGGCCGUCUCCUCCCCCAUUGCACAAGCGCAAGACUUCACCGAACUGUGCGAGUUGUUCGGCUAUUACGCGGAAGAGCACAUCGUGCAGACGGGCGACGGCUACCUGCUCGGUCUGCACAGGCUAGGCUGGCGGCAAGGCGAAGAAGGGCGCGAGAUCAACUCCGGACCCAGCGGUGUGCAGAAGAAAGUCGUUUACCUGCACCAUGGCCUGCUCAUGAACAGCGAGGUCUGGGUCUGUCUGACCGAGCGUGAACGCUGUCUUCCUUUCCUGCUCGUCGAUCAAGGCUACGACGUCUGGCUGGGCAACAACCGUGGCAACAAGUACAGCAAGAAAUCGCUCCACCAUGCACCGACCGACGUGCCCUUCUGGGAUUUCAGCAUCGAUCAGUUCGCAUUCCAUGACAUUCCGGACAGCAUCAAUUACAUCCUCAGCACCACCCACCAGCCAAGUCUGAGCUACAUCGGCUUCAGCCAAGGUACUGCCCAAGCCUUCGCCACCCUCUCCAUCCACCCCACCCUCAAUAGCAAAGUCGACGUCUUCGUUGCACUUGCACCGGCUAUGGCUCCUCCCGGUCUCGCAUCAGGCAUAGUGGCGAGCCUAAUGAAGUCGAACCCUUCCAUCAUCUUCCUCGCCUUCGGCCGGCGCGCCAUUCUCGGCAGCGCCACUAUGUGGCAAGCCCUACUCUACCCCGCCAUCUUCUGCUGGUUCAUAGACAAGUGUUUGCUCUUUCUAUUUGGCUGGCGCACGGCCAACAUUACUCCGCACCAGAAGCUCGCUGCAUACCCGCAUUUGUACUCCUUUACCAGUACGAAGACUGUGGUGCAUUGGUUCCAGAUCAUCCGGAAUGGCACAUUUCAGAUGUACGAUGACGAGGUCACGACACCGCUUGCUGUUGGAAACUCGAGCAAGUACUACAAAGUGGCAAAGUUCCCAACGAGGAACAUUAAGACGCCUAUCGUGCUGCUGUAUGGUGGUGCGGACAGCCUGGUAGACAUCAAACUCAUGCUCAAGGAGCUACCGCGCCAUACGGUGGCUAAAGGCAUUGCGAAGUACGAACAUCUUGACUUCCUGUGGGCUAGCGAUGUUGACAAGCUAGUCUUCCCGCAUGUCCUGGAUGCGCUGGAAAAGCAUGCCAUACCAGAGAAGACGAAAGCGGCAGCAGUGGGGUGGAAGGGUGUACGGAAGAGCAUUCUUGAUCGCGCGGCGCUGGCUGCACCUGGUCAGUCGCCGAAUGGUAAUCUGACGCCUGGUUACCGUGAGGACGAGCGAACAGAGCUACCGAAUGGGGAGAUGCCGGGUAAUGCCGACGCCUUCGACUUCACAACACAAAACGAGCGAGGCAGUACUGCGGGAGAGUUCCUGAACGAGUCAGACAUGGAAGACGAACGGGAGGACGACGAUGAUGAUGCGGACCCCGACCGCUUCGCCCUGACACCCUCUGCUCCCAACCGUACAGAAUUGCUGGGUCGCAGGACCAACGGCGUAGCUGCAGAAAGUUCGGUCCGAUGACAUGGCCACCCCCGCAAGCCAUCACCGUCGACGACUGCCAGGGCCUGAGUCGAGGGAACAGGCACGAGUGGCGCGGCAGGAGCGAAGGCAGGAAUUAAGGCAUAGGCACGGGCACGAGCAGCACGAGAUGAGAAGCUCCGGUGUAUUUUCGGACUCAGAGAUGGGGUCUGCGACUGCCACGCCAGGCUCGCCGCUUGCGAGCGUGAUGACGGAUGAGACGGGGAGGCGG